AUGGCUUCGCCGUAUUCACCAUAUUGCGUCCCAUUAAACCCCAACUACCUGCGCAAAACUCGAAAGAUUCGAGUUGUUUGCAUCGGUGCAGGAUUCGCGGGCAUCACCCUUGCCUACAAAAUUGCACAUGAACUGAAGCUUGAGGACGUCAUCAGCUUCCAGGUCUACGAGAAGCAGAGCCAUCCAGGCGGAACAUGGGCGGCCAAUCACUACCCAGGGCUCAUGUGUGAUGUUCCGAUCCACGUUUACACUCUGCCAUUCAAUCCAAAACAUGACUGGAAGAACUUCCUGGCGAGCGGGCCAGAAAUACUCGAAUACAUCCUGGAAACAACCAAGAAAUUCGACUUGGAAAGGCUCAUGAAGUUCAACACCAGGGUGGUUGAAGCUACAUUUGACGAAGCAAGCGGCAAAUGGGAUCUCAAAGUCGAAUCGAAUGGCUCCAUCUCGAAUGACCAAUGCGACAUCUUGAUCGGUGCUGCUGGGACUCAAAACACACCGCUCAUGCCCAAUAUCCCGGGGCUCGACAGUUUCAAAGGCAAACUUGUCCACACUGGAGAUUGGGAUGAUUCGUUGGAUUGGAAGGGCAAGAAAGUCGGCGUCAUUGGCAAUGGUUCAUCCGGAAUUCAGGUAUUCCGUGCAAUGCAACCCGACGCCGCUGCUAUCACGCACUUCAUUCGCAAACCUACCUGGAUCUCGAUGAGCUAUGCCCACCAGUUUACACCGGAAGGCAGGAAUUUUGCAUACUCCCAAGAGCAGGUAGAAUCCUUCAAGACUCCCGAGAACCUAUUCAAGUACAGGAAGAUGAUUGAGAGUUUCAACAACGGCCUUUUCAUGCGACUGGUCUUCAACGAGACAAGCAAAGGGGCGAAACAAGCAUUCCGGGCCGAGCUCGAGCGUUGGAUGAGCGAUCGCCUGCACGGAGAUCCUGCGUUGGUCAACCGCCUGAAGCCUUCCUACCAACCCUGGUGCCGUAGACUCACGCCGGAAGACAAAUACCUAGAAGCGCUACAGGCUCCUAAUGCUGAAUUGGUCGAUACCAAAAUAGAGGCUGUCACUGAGGAUGGCAUCCGCAACAGCGACGGCUCGUUUCACCCAUUCGACAUAAUAGUCCUGGCUACUGGAUUUGUCAACAACCGCAUUCCACCUUGGACUAUGCGAGGACGGGGCGGAAUGACCCUCGCAGAAAGAUGGAAGGAUAAUGUGGACGGCUACAUCAGCGUGUGUGCUCCCGACAUGCCGAAUUAUUUCAGCAUCGGAUGCGGACCCAACUUCCCCAUUGCGAACGGACCCGUCCUGUCUGCGAUGGGCUUCGUUUCCGACUACAUAUUGAAGUGGGCCCUCAAGAUCGCGUCAGAGGACGUCAAGUACGUGUGCGUCAAGAAUGAGCGCGUCGAGGCAUACAACAUCUACCUGCAGGAGAUCCUCCGGCGCACGGCGUGGAACGAGGACUGCGACUCGUGGUACAAGAAAGGCAAGAUCGACGAAUAUCGCACCGGCAUCACGGCUAUUUACCCCGGCAGCAUGAACCACUUCAGGGAGAUGCUCAGCGAGUUGCGUGGCGAGGACUUUGAUUUCGUCUACAACACGAACAACCCCUUCAAUUUCGUCGGGAACGGCUUGACCAAGGUGGAUUUUGACGAGAACGGGGAUCUGGCCUCAUACCUGGAGGAUAUGGUCAAGUUUGACCAUUUCAGCCCAUGA